CGACGUGCGACCGGAGUAGACCACGCGCUUCGGAAGCACGGGAGGAGCCCCCUCAGCCUGGGCGCGCCAAGGGGUUAAAAUGAAUGAAGACCUGAAGGUCAAUUUAAGCGGGCUGCCUCGGGAUUAUUUAGAUGCCGGUGCUGCGGAGAACGUCUCGGCUGCUGUCUCCUCCCAGGUUCCAGUAGUGGAACCAGAGCCAGAGCUCUCUAUCAACCCCUGGGAUAUUGUCCUGUGCACCUCAGGAACCCUCAUCUCCUGUGAAAAUGCCAUUGUGGUCCUUAUCAUAUUCCAUAACCCCAGCCUGCGAGCACCCAUGUUCCUGCUGAUUGGCAGCUUGGCCCUAGCGGACCUGCUGGCGGGCAUUGGACUCAUCAUCAAUUUUGUUUUUGCCUACCUGCUUCAGUCAGAAGCCACCAAGCUGGUCACGAUCGGACUCAUUGUCGCCUCUUUCUCUGCCUCUGUCUGCAGCUUGCUGGCUAUCACUGUUGACCGGUACCUCUCGCUGUAUUAUGCUCUGACGUACCACUCGGAGAGGACGGUCACGUUUACCUAUGUCAUGCUCAUCAUGCUCUGGGGGACCUCCAUCUGUCUGGGACUGCUGCCUGUCAUGGGCUGGAACUGCCUCAGAGAUGAGUCCACUUGCAGCGUGGUUAGACCCCUCACCAAGAACAACGCGGCCAUCCUCUCGGUCUCCUUCCUCUUCAUGUUUGCGCUCAUGCUUCAACUGUACAUCCAGAUCUGUAAGAUAGUCAUGAGGCACGCCCAUCAGAUAGCCCUGCAGCACCACUUCCUGGCCACCUCACACUACGUGACCACCCGGAAAGGAGUCUCAACCCUGGCCAUCAUCCUGGGGACCUUUGCUGCUUGCUGGAUGCCUUUUACCCUCUAUUCCUUGAUAGCUGAUUACACUUACCCCUCCAUCUAUACCUACGCCACCCUCCUGCCCGCCACCUACAAUUCCAUUAUCAACCCUGUCAUAUACGCUUUCAGAAACCAAGAGAUCCAGAAAGCCCUCUGCCUCAUUUGCUGUGGCUGCAUCCCGUCCAGUCUCUCCCAGAGAGCACGGUCACCCAGCGAUGUGUAACAGCUAUCCACUUCAGAGGAGGAUGCACACGCAUUUCCGCAUUUACCAAGCUCUUCCACUGCCUGGCAAAAAUAGUUGAGAUGCUUUACUUAAGUUCUUUCUAUUGGAUUCUCUCUGGAGCCACGGGAGCACUCAGCAUUCAUGAAGCAUUCAUUUAGAUGAGUUAAGUGAUUGACGUGAAGUAACAUCAACCUUGUAAAAGAUUGUUGAAUUCUUUGCUCAUGAUCAUUUUGUUUUAUUACAGGG